AUGAGUCAAGUAUUUAGUGCUCCUGGGAAAGCUUUGAUCGCUGGUGGGUAUUUGGUUUUGGAUCCAAUCUACUCCAGUUAUGUUACAGCCUUGUCUGCUCGUACACAUGCUGCUGUUAAGCUGGAAGCUAAUGACCUGACAGUGAUACAUAUUUCAUCACCACAAUUCGAUUCUGACUGGACAUAUCAAUUGACUGGAGGGAAAUGGACUGAGAUUGAAGGCAAGAAGAACCCAUUCUUACAAUCCACUGUCGAAAUCGUCAUGAAGUAUUUUGAUGAUGUUGAAGGGAAAAAAAUCGAUAUCACUAUAUUUUCAGAUCCCGGAUUCCAUACCCAAGAUAACACUACCACCAAAAAGUCAACCAAUGGCCAGAAAAGAUUCUUGUAUCAUGGUCGUCCUAUUACUGAAGUCGCUAAAACAGGUUUGGGGUCAUCAGCUAGUUUAGUUUCAGUAGUAACAACUGUUCUUGUAACCCAAUUCAUUGAAGAAGAUAUUGAAAAAUUGAAAAACCUCAUCCAUAAUCUUGGUCAAAUCGCCCAUUGUAAAGCACAGAAAAAGAUAGGUUCUGGAUUUGAUGUUUGCACUGCUGUUUUUGGGUCUAUUAAUUAUAGAAGGUUCAAACCAGAAGUAAUCAAUGACUUCAUUAAUGACGAUUUAAUCGACGUUCAAAAAUUCAAAGCUACUGCUAAAGCUUCAUGGGAUUUCCAACAUGAUUCAAGUGCAUUACCUCCACAUCUCAAGAUUCUCAUGGGAGAUAUUAAAGGGGGCUCCGAAACCCCCAAAUUGGUUAAUCUCGUUUUAGGAUGGAAAAAAAGUAAUCCCGAAGAAGGUCUUGAAUUAUUCACUAAUUUGAAUAAUGCCAAUUUAAGUUUCAUUAAAUGCUUAGAGAGAUUACAUGCGUAUUACAAUAGUAACCGUGAACAAUACCUUGAAGCCAUUGAAUUCUACAAAGCCAAUGCUUCAUCAACUGAGAGUAAGUUCACGGAAUUUAAUCAACUUAUAAAAUCUAUCAAAUCCAUGAGGUUCUACCUUAAACAAUUAACCGUAAAGUCGAAAGCCGACAUUGAACCGGAAUCUCAAACUGUGUUACUUGAUGAAGUUACAACAUUACCUGGAGUUUUAGGCGGUGUGGUUCCCGGAGCGGGUGGUUAUGAUGCUAUUUCAUUAGUUGUCAUAGAUUCCUCAAUUCCGUCAAUAAUUGAUACCACUGCCAAAGAUCAAACUUUAAAAGUAGUUGAUUGGUUGGAUCUUGAAGAAGAGAGUAGCGGAAUAGUCGAAGAAAACUUUGACGAUUAUCUUGGUCUCUUUUAA